GGAAUAACAUAUGACUUUACGUAGCGCCGAUUCCUUACGAUCUACAGUGAAGCAUCGUGCCAUCAUUUUUACCAAGUAUAUACCCUAUCGAUACUUGAGCACACUCCACGGUAUAAGGAACAUGCCCGUUACUGUAGUCCCAAGGACCACUGUCGUCCCAACGACUACCAUGGAUAGAUCUAAGCUUAAAUUCAUUGAUAUUGGUGUGAACUUGACUGAUCCCGUUUUCCAUGGGAUCUAUCGCGGACACAGGAAGCACGAAGACGACUUCGCUUUAGUACUUGAACGGGCAAAGCUAGCCGGGGUAAAGUCUAUGAUAAUCACUGGUGGGAGCUUGAGGGAAUCACGAACAGCUCUCAAAGUUGCUGAAGAGAACGAUCUGUAUGCAACAGUUGGGUGCCAUCCCACCCGCUCGGGUGAAUUUGACAAAUUCAGGAUCGGUCCGGAUGGUUACUUGAAUGCACUUGACCAGGUAAUAUCGAGUAGCUUGGCGGGUGCAGCUCGAGUUGUUGCUGUUGGUGAAUGUGGCCUUGAUUAUGACAGACUGCACUUCGCAGACCAGGAAACACAGAAGAAAUAUUUCAAGUGUCAGCUAUCUUUAGCAAAGAAGCAUCAUUUACCGCUGUUUUUACACUCCAGAGCUGCGCACGAAGACUUUGUUUCCAUUCUGAGGGAGGAAGGUUUUGAUACCGACGGAGGACGUGCUGUUGGAGGAAGAGGUGGCGUCGUCCAUUCUUUUACUGGGACAAAAACUGAGAUUGAGGAGCUCACUACCAUGGGGUUUCACGUCUCUGUUAACGGAUGUUCGUUGAAGACAGAUGAAAACCUCGAAGCUGCGAAGGCCAUCCCGAAAGGUAGACUAAUGCUGGAAACAGAUGCUCCAUGGUGCACGAUGACAUCAACCCACGCAUCAAAACGGCAUCUGGACUCGCUGCCAGCCGCUCUGCGCGAGGUGUACUUCCCAGCGGCGACGAAACCCGAGAGUUACGUACCGGGUCGACCGGUGAAGGGCCGUAACGAACCGUGUGCGAUUGGUGGUGUAUGCUGGGUGAUGAGUUGCCUGCACGAAGGAGUGAGCGUCGAAGAUGUCGCCGAGGCAGCAUGGACAAAUACAGUGGAAUUAUUCGGACUCAAGUGUCUAGAGGAGUAAAGUUUGUCCCGCAUCACGUAGAUCUAGAUAUUAAUAGUGUUAUAAAAAUACAGCCGAG